AUGAUGUUAACGAUAUUGAUUUCAUCAGUUCUUGUUUUCCACAUUUUCGUUGGUUAUGCGUUGGAAGACGCUUAUGUUAUUACCAGAAACUCUGGGCCAAAGGAUCAGGUCUGGAAUGGCAAAGACUCUUUUGAAAUUCCACCAUCGAAAUGUAAUCCAUUAACAGCCUCAAUAGCAGAUGAAUGCGAACUAUUGGGAGCAGAUGCGCCGGCGAGCGACAUGCCAAAGUGUUGUUGUCCGUGUCCUGGUAGCAGACCUACGUUCGCUUUCCUUAAGAAUCAGUGGGCGUGUUUGGACAAUCAGUUUAUACGAGUCUUACAAGGUACGAAGAUGAAGUAAUUCCCAAAAUCAUGUUGGAACAAUUUAUUUGCAGUUCGACCAUGGGCAUAAUUAUAGUUGGCAUUUGAUGCAUAAUAUCUUUAAUUACUACUUAAUCAGGUUUGAAAUCUCGGUCAAGCAAUAACAGCGUUGGUGAAAAAGGUCACAAAAAGACAAAGGUCAAAGUUAGAAUUGUGAUAAUAUUUAGUGCCUAAGCAUUUACUAGUCAUGCUCUACGUGCCUACAGGCACACGCAUACGCAUCAUAUUUUCUACCUAAAAAUAGGUACAUGUACAGGUUAACUCUCAUAGUUACGAGGUAUACGUAUUCAUACGUACUAAAUAUUGCUUUUGGUUGCUCAUUACAUAACAGACUGCAACCACACAAGCUAUUUUUUGAAUGAGCCAAGGAAUCCUCCAAGAGAGUUAUGGGCGUUACAAACCUCUCUCUCAAUGUCAACCAAUAUUCCGAAUAAUGGCCUACAAAGCUGUGAGGUGUUGCCAAAUUCUUCGUGGUAUCUUGGGUGCAAUGGGACGCGAGUGAAGUCACCUCUCUAUCAAAGGAAGAUGAACGACCUGUUUGCAUUAACCAAUGACUUUGGUGAUGUUGUAUUCAACUACGUCUCUCUAGAGGUACGAAAAUGUCUUUUAUAUCGAUAUGUCAGAACAGGUGAGGUCAGAAACCAUCACGAGAAGGUNAAAAAAAAAAAAAAAAAAAAAAAAAAAAAAAUCAAACCAUUCGAAAAUAAAAUAAUAUAGAUAAAUAUAUAUGAUUUUCCAUACAGUAUGAGAUGCUGUACGGAAUGUUUUACCCAGACAAUUGAGCUUUAUGUGGAAAGGCCAAGUUGGGAAACAGUGCUCAAGAUUACAAAUGCCAUGCAUUAACCUCGAUUAAACGGAAAAUUAGUUGAAGGGAUAGAAUGGAGUAUAACAUCGUAAAGCAGCGCCGCCUCAAGAUAAUGAACUAAAAGUUACAAAUGUUCAAAUUGAAAUCUCAACAUUUCUAAAUACAUUUUCUUCACAGGUUAAAGGUGGUGUUCUAAACGCACAUUUGCUUGAGGGGAAAAUUAUCAACCUUGCUAUACGAUGCAACCUAUCAAACAGCAAUGCCCAGUUUCACAGCUGCCUGAUGUUUAAAUUAAAGGGGCAACAAAUAUGUAAGUUUUUUCCUCAGUGGAUAUCCGUUUUUCAGUAUUCAAUGGUUAUGAUGAUCUCUGAGCGGCCGUGAAAGCAUUGAGAUUUUUUUCGCGUUUUUUUAAAAUUUUCUGACAGUUAUUGCCGGAUUGCGCGUAAAAUGCAGCUAUGAACACUGAUACUGGCCACAUGAUAUCUUAAAUUUUCAGAGGCAAUCAAAGACUAACUGUAAAUGUAUUUCAUCAGGUCCUGAGCCAGAACCUGAGCUAUAUACUCGCACCACUAGAAGUCCCGGGAUUCAAAAUCCAAACCGAAAUAUUUCUCCUAACCACGUAAACACAUCUUCGUCACCUGGCAACGUAAGUAUAGAGGGAAAGAAGCCUAUGACAUGACAUCUUCGCGGCACUUUCACGCGAUGUCAGUGAUACACGAGGCCUGUUGCUCACGUGAUUUGAAGUGGCCUCGUAACCCUUUUGCAGUGGGGUCUUAAAAACAACAACAACAACAAGAAGGACAGCAACAACAGUUAACAACAAAAAGCGAGAUUUUUUGGGUGUUGCUUGGUGUUGCGGAAAACACACUUUGUUCGCUUGUUUGGUGUUGUGUGGGUAUUGUACCGUGUCUUUUCAAUCUUUUUUAUUAUGUCAUUUGGUGAUUGCACUCGUCUUCAACACUAAGAAACUACCCAUUUGUUUGUUGAAAAUCACUAUCAUAACAAUUUCGUCCCCCUCCCCCCACCCCCAAAAAAAUGUUAGUUGCAAAAGGCCUUUUCAAAUUUCGUCGAGAGCAUUUUAAACGAAAUUAAAUUGGGAUUAAGUUUGCAAAAGCAAGGAGUGAAAAUACUAGGUUUAAUACACCGGUAAUAAUGCGUAAUUUUUCACUAUAAUCGUACCAUUACUUCGUCGUUAGGUUGACUUUCGUCCCAGCCCAGGCCAUGCUGGCGUCUUAGAAGGUAAACGGAUCAUAGGAGUCAUAGCAGCCAUCAUUGUCUCCAUUGCAUUCCUAACUGUGAUUAUCGUCUCCUUGUUUUAUCGCCGCCGGCAGCCAUCAAAGUAGGUAGAACUUGACACUAGUAAAUAACUGCAACAAGACCAAAUGUUCCACUCUUAGUGGGUCUGUUUGCAAUCAUCGGAUAUUGGGCUAAGGGCUGGUUCAGACGCCGUAUUUUUCAUGCGCCGAAUCUAAUUAAAUAAGUUCGACUUUAGAGCGACACUGGCGUGACAUCUGAUUCAGACGGCCCACUGUGUAUCGAGCCUAAGACUCUGUCGAACUUAACGCUUUUGCCGCACCAAACUAAAACUAGGGUACCGAAUUCAUUCCCAACGCGGCUCUUUUGCCGUACUCAAUUCAUCAGUUAUAGGUUCGGUAUAUGAGUGGAGCGGCGUCUGAACCGGGCCUAAGACAAAUGACGCCUGACUCUACGUUCACACGGAAUUUUGAACGGCUAGGCCUCUACCGUUGGUUAAAAACGUGUGAACAAAACACCCUAACGCACGGAUUUUCAACCAGUACCGUGUAAAGUGAGUUGGACCACGUCCCAAGCAGUCUUUACCGCCUAAUUGAUUAUUAACACGUGGAAAAGCUUGCGGAGGAGAUAGGAAAAAGGAAGUAGGGAAAAGAGAUACAACAAGCAUAAUAUAGUAUUAAUAUUACGCGACCGUUAACGUCACCAGUCUUACAAAUGAUGAAAGAAGACCCUGGACAAGUCAGACACGAAAUCAGUGGCCGCCUACCCGAGUUCGUCAACAGAAAUAAAAUCACCCCCUAAAUUCAUCCUUAGCUUUUCUUUUACUUUAAAAACGCAAAGACAACAAAAUGGACAAAUAUUUCUCUAAUAUUAGUAAUUUUUCCUUUUCGUUUUCACAGUAAGAAAGCUAAAACAAAUAAAGGAAGAGUCAAUGGCCAUUUUCAGGUGUGUGAGGGCAUGGUAAAGACAGUUGCUAGUUACAGUCAGUCUUGAGAACAAUGCAUGAUAAAACCCGUUUGUAGUUUUCAAUUAAAUCCCCUAUAGAGUGUUUUCAAUAGACAGCAGCUAUGACAAAUUUAUUGUGACAAAUGAAAGCGUUUCCACUACAGUAUUGUUUUGUUAAAUUAACAUGGCCGCCUCUAUAUUAUUAGGAGACAUCUGCCACGUUGGACAACAUGGUGGUCGUGACGUCAUGCAAUAAGGCUCUAUUUGUAGUUUUUUUGCAUUAACAGUUUUGAGCAUGUUCCAUGAUGAUGAUGAUGAAUGAUAAAGAACACACGAGUGUACAGUUUACAAAAUGUGUGCCGGUUCGCUAUCUAAACAGUUCAAGCCCCGUGCAAACGGACGCAACUUUUGUUGGCCAGCAACUCUCAAUAUUGUUGGGAGUUGUUGUGUCCGUUUGCACGUAUAGUAGCUAAAAAUUUGACUGCUUUCAAACUUUGCACAACAACUCCCAACAACACGCAACAGGGUGUGCAAACGGACGCAACAUGUAACAUUCAACAAUGUUGCGUCCGUUGCGCGUAGCAUCAUAGUAAACGAAAAUUUAGAAAUUAAUGAUUAGGUAUUCAACAUCCUUUUGUUUGUAUUCUAUACUUCAUAGGAUGCUGUAGUGAUGAACAGGCAAUCAAACUCAACGAUUCAGCAGGAAAAUAAGAACGAGUACAACGAACUCAGUAACUGGGCAACAAGACAACCGCGUAAGUAGGCAUGCACUAUAAAAUAUGAUCACUUUAUUACACUUCAAAGAAGCUUAUAUACAAGCAAUUCUUUACAGUUACUCCAAGAAAAAAUGUUGAAUUUGUUUUUUUUUUCUAUUGACUUCUAUUUUAUUUUCAGAAAUCUAUGCUAGAAAAUACAACGUCCCUCUGCGCCGAGAACACAAUGGAAUAGGUCAUAACACAGUGCUCCCUCUAAACCCUCCCGUGGAAGAAAAUAUGAAAAGGUCAGAGAAUAGCCGAGAGCUGGAUCCGGACUAUAAGGAUUUCGAACAGCAAUUUACUAAGGGGAAAACGGGUUUACAGAACGGUUGUAUCAGGUUAGACCAGCCAGUCUACAAUAUCCUGGAGGAACUUCCCACUCAAGGAGAACCAAAUAUGAAUAUGAAUAGGCCAGAGAAUAGCCGAGAGCUGGAUCCGGACUAUGAGGAUUUCGAACAGCAAUCUACUGAGGGCAAAACGGGUUUACAGAAUGGUUGUACCAGGUUAGACCAACCAGUCUACAAUAUCCUGGAGGAACUUCCCACUCAAGGAGAACCAAAUAUGAAUAUGAAUAGGCCAGAGAAUAGCCGAGAGCUGGAUCCGGACUAUGAGGAUUUCGAACAGCAAUCUACUGAGGGCAAAACGGGUUUACAGAAUGGUUGUAUCAGGUUAGACCAACCAGUCUACAAUAUCCUGGAGGAACUUCCCACUCAAGGAGAACCAAUGACACUUAAUAACUGUGAUAAUAAAGCACUAAAGCAGGUUUUGCAGAGACUGCAUCCUAAAAACGCUACAGAGAAUAGUAACGGCGGUUGUUCUACGUCAAAAGGACAUUUAUCCGUCAAAGAUCCAAAGGAACCGAUGAGUGAUGGUACUGAACGGGAGUACAAAGUUUUGGAAGGGCCCAUUGCUGAGGGAGACACCUUUCACCAUGGUGCCAACCCAUCUAAAGGACCCCUUUAUUACACGCAAGAGGAGCCUCGUCAAAAUGAUCCUCAUGGGGAGCAAGAAAAAAAUUAUCAACACCAAGGUGACAGAGUCUACCAUGUUCUCGAGGAAAACACUUACCUGAAUACAUUUCAGUUCCCAAACGGGACUUUUUAG